AUGCAUUUACCGGAAGGACCAUUGGGAAUGGACAACUUCAACGCGAUUCACGAAACGCUGCAGGCUUCUUACGGUGAUCUGGUGAGAACCGGAAGUCCCGCCAUCCUCUGCAGCCCACUGCCAUCCCAUUGGAGGUCGAACAAGUCGUUGCCCGUGGCCUUCAAGGUCGUCGCCCUCGAUGACGUCACCGACGGAACUUUGGUCACCAUCAGAGCGGGCAACGACGAGAAUUGCUGCGGGGAAUUGAGGAAUUGCACCGCGGUGAUGAAGAGCCAAGUGGCCAAGUUCAACGAUCUCAGAUUCGUCGGUCGCAGUGGAAGAGGAAAAUCGUUCUCCCUGACCAUCCAGAUCAGCACGGUACCAUUCCAGGUGGCUACCUAUACCAAGGCGAUCAAAGUGACCGUGGACGGACCGAGGGAACCAAGGUCCAAGUCGAAUUAUCACUACGGACAUGGAUUCCCUGAGUUGGGGCUGUUGAAUCAUCCCUGGGUGGAUGUCGCCUACCUGGGACACGCGGCGUGGCACUUGCCUCAUCCGGCCUUCGUCAAAGGAAUCAUACCAAUGCCAACGACAGAUCUGUUCCCGCCAACCUUUCCACCCACUGUUCUACCGUCGUACACAUUCGAUCCGGUGAAAUAUCCAGCGGAAUACGCGACACUGCCACCGAAAACGACCAGCAGCACCACCACACCGGCGACAAUACCCAACAGCCCGUCGAGAACACCGCCGAAGAGUCCGAGCGAGUCCGGAAGCGAAUCAGCCCCCGAAGAAAUUCGCAGCGCGUUCGUGCCAAUCAGAUUGAACACCCUGCCACCCGCGUCGUCCGUUAUCACCGCCUCCUCGUCGUCACCGGAGAGGCCAGCCACGAAGAAGCAUCCAGAAGGUGGUAGAAACGAACUGAAGGCGCCAACAGCUCUCAUCUCGAGGUCUUUGUCGCCGAAGAGGAGUCCGUCACCUACGAAAAUCUCCACGCCACCUCCGGCCAAACCGGUAUGGAGGCCUUACUAA